UAAGCGUGUUAAUAACUUUUUUUAAUUCAAAUUAUGUUUUUUUUUUUUAAUUAAAAAAAAACGGUAUCACGUAAUUUCGAAAUGAAUGCAGACAAAGCGAUUGAAUUUGGAAAAUAAUUUCUUUCACCCGGUAGACUCGAUUGGAAAAAAGAAAAUUCGUACUUUGAUUACACGCGAUAUCGUUCAGCAUCCUUUUUAUAAAAGUUAUCUCCGACGCUACCAUCAGCCAUAGAUUUACAUGUACUUGCAAAUAUUGACACGAUAAGACGAAGUUACGUUGUGACGUCUUGCCGUAGGCUUUCUCAAGUUGCGCAAUCGCUAUACGAACGACUGGAUCCCGGCCGUCUUUUGAUUAUUCAAUUACAGGGAAUUUCGUGCCUUUCUCUGGUAUUGUAAAACAGUUUGCUCUGUAUGGUGCGCAAUGGCGAUAGCGCGGGGCAAAUGUUUUUACGUGAUUUGUAGAAUCCCAUAACAGUGGGAAAGGCACGACAGAAACAGUGCAGCUCGAUUGUGAAUGCAUAUGAAUAUUUUAUGGUCCUGGCAUUGACUCGCUGCCGGUAUAUCUUGUGCACCCGUUAAAUAUUAUUCGCUGCUUUAUCGAUCCAGCACAAGUUCCUAUAGCCCGGACACGAACCCUUCUGUAUUACCAUUUCCAGUUCCCAAUGGUAGAAGAGGAGUCAUCCAAAGUUUUACUGACACGUGUGUUGACUUUAGUUAAAAAUAAGUUAUUUUUCGAUUCACAUUUCAGAUUUAAUUAAUUGAAGGUCACGAGAGCACGUGGUGUGACUGAUAAAUAUUUUUUAUAUCAGAUACCUGUCUGCUGAUAUUGUUUCCAAGUUUGAGUCUGUCGACACUCUUAUCGGAUUACAAUGUAUUAUAUGAUUGUAUCGAUUUUCUAUGUUUAUUCAAUAAUGCCCAUGUGUUCGAUAGGAUAGGAAUUUUUGACGCCGAUCGCGUUAUAAAUUUGAGAAUGAAAAUUUUUAUUACAUUUUUUAUUUUAGAUUCGUCUAUUCGAACGAAUAUCAAAUUGAUCAGGUAUGGCCUUUGAAGCGAGUUUUUAAAUAACAAUUCUUUUCCUUUUUUUUUUUUAGGUCGCACGGAGAAACGUAUGUUGACUCAAUGCGAUUGAUCUUUGGUAAAUAUAGCUGACUGUUUGCCUUAUUUAUGAUAUGAUCGAUUUUUAAAUCGAUGCGACGCGUCUAAUGAGAUGUGAAGAAUGACUGGUUCUAAUUUAUUACUCGAAGGAUUAUCGACGAGCUUAUCGAACGAUCCAUCUUUCCUUUCACCCAGGACAAGCGAAAGUCAUCAACCCCAACCUCGUCGUUUCCAUAGAACCAAUUGCAACUGACAGCCAAAAGAUUUUCGAGACAAUGAAAAUUAUCAAGUGAAAUCCCAGCGAAUACUUAGGUGCAUAAGGAAAACUUCAACGAAUGCAAAUGCCUUUCAUGCACAUUGAUCGUCGCCGUUGAAAUUCUGUCGAUAAAAAUGUCAGAAUUCUCAUUGCCAGAAUUCCUAGUGAUAUGCGGCAGCGUUCUUCUCAUUGCGCUGCUCCUGACCGAAAUGGUGGAUUGGAGCCAAUUAUUCUUAUCAGCGAACAAUCAUCGUCCAUCGGGUGAUCAUAUCCUACCAUUUGGUUAUGCCAGUCACAAUGGACCUCAUACUUGGAAAAAGACUUAUCCCCAUAGCGGAGGCUCCAACCAAUCUCCAAUUAACAUCACAAGUCGAUCCGCUAUAGUGGUGCAGCUUAGUGAACCCCUCAAAUGGAGCGGCUAUCGCACGCAGCCUGUGUUCAUGACAAUGGCAAACGAUGGAAAUAGCGUGUCGGUUUGCGGAUUUUGGCCACGUGGUAUACAGCCAUGCAUUCAGGGAGGAUCUUUGUGCAGUGCCUAUGACUGUCACUCAAUGGUUUUCCAUUGGGGACCAUCUGAUAACGAGGGCAGCGAACACACCAUAGAUUACGUGAGGUAUCCCAUGGAAAUGCAAAUGGUGCAUCUGAGACGUGGCGUAAAUGAAAACCGUACGAAUAUCAUGGAUACGAGGGAAAGUAUUUUGAUAAUUUCAUACUUCUUUGAAAUUACCAAUGUCGACAAUCCGUAUCUGGACCACGUGAUAACAAAUUUAUGGCGGGUCACUAAUCCUGGAACCAGGGUGUAUAUACCGCCAUUUCCACUGGAAUGGAUAUUUCCGCCAUUCGAGAAAAAUUACUAUAGUUACAGUGGCUCUCUGACGCAGCCACCCUGUAGCGAAGUUGUUAUCUGGAUAAUCCAACCAGAAACGAUAGCGGUUUCCUCCAGUCAGGUUGCUCAAUUUCGGAAGAUCUGUUCGACGGAUGGGCCUAUGCGACUGAAUUCGAGACCAGUACAAAAAUUGAAUGACCGUGAUGUAUAUUUUCACGAUUAAGAGUGUACUGAUGAUAAAAUCGUUGUAGACGAUGGAAAUUCAAGAAUCGUCGUAUUGCUGUAUUGUUAUCUAUAAUUUUUAAUAUUUCGAUCACUAUAAUUAGUCAGUUUACUGGAAUACCUCGUGAUCGUUUUUAUACCUUGCUCAAAGGAUGUUUAUACUGUUUAUACUAAAGAUUUUAUGUUUAUUGAUUUAUGAUAUAUAAAUUCUAAUGUGAAUGGGUACUGUCCGUUUAUUAUAAGGAAUACGAAAUAAUGGAACAUUAAUUACUUGGCUUAUGUGUGUUAUUAAUAUUCUCAGGAGAUAUUCUUCCAUAUUAUAUGCAAUUUAUACAACCAUGAAAUUGUUCUACAGGGAAUAUAAAUUUCCAAGAGUUAAUUAUAGUUAGCAUGACCAGACGAAAAUGUAAUUUGCGAUUGCACCAUCUGUCGUUGAUGGACACAACCAAAACGUAACUAAACUUUAUAAUUCUGUUUGCAGUGUCAAUAAAAUUAUAACGUAAUAUAUUUAAGGUGACAAACA